AUGAGGUCAAUCCUUCUCCUGUGGUUCAUCUUGCCCAGCUUCCUGUGUACCCAGCGAGCCUGCUCCCGUGGGGCCUGCUACCCUCCCGUCGGGGACCUGCUCAUCGGGAGAACCCGCCAUCUCCGAGCUUCAUCCACCUGCGGACUGACCAGGCCUGAAACCUACUGCACGCAGUAUGGCGAGUGGCAGGUGAAAUGCUGCAAGUGCGACUCCAGGCUGCCUCACCAUUACAACAGCCACCGCGUGGAGAAUGUGGCUUCAUCCUCAGGCCCCGUGCACUGGUGGCAGUCACAGAACGACGUGAACCCUGUGUCUCUGCAGCUGGACCUGGACAGGAGAUUCCAGCUCCAAGACAUCCUGAUGGACUUCAAGGGGCCCAUGCCCAACGGGAUGCUGAUUGAGCGCUCCUCCGACUUCGGGAAGACCUGGCACGUGUACCAGUACCUGGCUGCCGACUGCAGGUCUGCCUUCCCCCGCAUCCACCAGGGCCAGCCUCAGAGCUGGCAGGACCCUCGGUGCCAGUCUCUGCCCCAGAGGCCUAAUGUGCACUUGGAUGGGGGCAGGGUCCAACUUAACGUGAUGGAUUUAGCCUCUGGGAUUCCAGCAACUCAAAGUCAAAAAAUUCAAGAGCUGGGAGGGAUCACAAACCUGAGAGUCAACUUCACCAGGCUGCCCACUGUGCCGCAGAGGGUCCACUAUCCCCCCAGCGCCUACUACGCGGUGUCCCAGCUGCGCCUGCGUGGAAGCUGCUUCUGCCACGGCCACGCUGACCGCUGCGCCCCCGAGCCCGGGGCCCCCGCUGCCGGCCCCUCCACAGCCGUGCAGGUCCACGAUGCCUGUGUCUGCCAGCACCACACCGCCGGCUCCCACUGUGAGCGCUGCGCACCCUUCUACAACAACCAGCCCUGGAGACCCGCGGACGACCAGGACCCCCACGAAUGCCAAAAGUGUGACUGCAACGGCCACUCGGAGACCUGUCACUUCGACCCAGCCGUGUUCAGCGCCAGCCAGGGGGCGCAGGGAGGGGUGUGUGACAACUGCCGGGACCACACCGAGGGCAGGAACUGCGAGCGCUGCCAGCUCCAUUACUUCCGGAACCGGCGGCCCGGCGCCCCCAUCGAGGAGACCUGCAUCCCCUGCGAGUGUGACCCGGACGGGGCAGUGCCGGGGGCUCCCUGCGACCCAGUGACCGGGCAGUGCGUGUGCAAGGAGCAUGUGCAGGGGGAGCGCUGUGACCUGUGCAAGCCGGGCUUCACUGGACUCACCCACACCAACCCGCAGGGCUGCCACCGCUGUGACUGCAGCAUCCUGGGGUCCCGGCGGGACAUGCCCUGUGAAGAGGAGAGUGGGCGCUGUCUGUGCCUGCCCCACGUGGUGGGCCCCAAGUGUGACCAGUGCGCUCCCUACCACUGGAAGCUGGCCAGCGGCCGGGGCUGCGAGCCAUGCGCCUGUGACCCAAACAACUCCCUCAGCCCCCAGUGCAACCCGUUCACGGGGCAGUGCCCCUGUCGGGAAGGGUUUGGUGGCCUGAUGUGCAACGCUGCAGCCAUCCGCCAGUGUCCCGACCAGACUUACGGCGACAUGGCCGGGGGAUGUCGAGCCUGUGACUGUGACUUCCGGGGGACGGAGGGCCCGGGCUGUGACAAGGCCUCCGGCCGCUGCCUCUGCCGCCCUGGCUUGACCGGGCCCCGCUGUGACCAGUGCCAGCGAGGCUAUUGCGACCGCUACCCGCUGUGUGUGGCCUGCCACCCCUGCUUCCAGACCUACGAUGCCACCCUCCAGGAGCAGGCCCGGCGCCUCCGCAGCCUCCACAAUGCCACUGCCGCCCUGCGGCCCGGGGCCGGCCCCGAGGACCCCCGCCUGGCUUCCCGGAUGCUGGACGCAAAGGCCAAGAUAGAGCAGAUCCAGGCCAUUCUGGGCGGCGCCCAGGCCACCGAGCAGGAGGUGGCCCAGAUGGCCAAUGCCAUCUUCUCUCUCAGGCGGACCCUGCAGGACCUGCAGCCUGCUCUGCCCCUGGAGGAGGAGACCUUGUCCCUCCCCGGAGACCUGGAGACGCUGGACAGAAACUUCAAUCACCUCCUCGUCCUGUAUCAGAAUAAGAGGGAGCAGUUCGAGAAGAUCAGCGGUGCCGACCCUUCAGGAGCCUUCCGGAUGCUGACCGAGGCCUACCAGCGGUCAUCCCAGGCCAGCCAGCAGGUCUCCCACAGCUCCCACCGGCUGCUCCAAGUCAGGGUCAGCCGGAGAGAGGCUGAGAGGCUGGAGCAGCAGGCGGGAGGCGGAGGCGGAGGAGCUGGGGGCCCCCAGCUCGCAGCCUUGAAGCUGGGGAUGGCUUCCUUGCCUGAUCUGACGCCCACCAUCAACAAGCUCUGUGGGGGCUCCAGGCAGACACCCUGUACCCCAGGAGCAUGUCCUGGAGAGCUCUGCCCCCGAGACAACGGCACCGCCUGUGGCUCCCACUGCAGAGGCACCCUCCCCAAGGCCGGCGGGGCCUUCCGGACAGCGGGGCAGGUGGCCGAGCAGCUACGAGGCUUCAAUGCCCAGCUCCAGCAGACCAGACAGAUGAUCAGGGCGGCCGAGGAGGCCGCUGCGCAGGUGCAGUCAGACGCUCAGCGCCUGGAGACCCAGGUGAGCAGUAGCCGCUCCCAGAUGGAGGAGGACGUCAGGCGCACGCAGUUGCUCAUCCAGCAGGUCCGGGACUUCCUCUCAGACCCCGACACUGACGCAGCCACCAUCCGGGAGGUCAGCGAGGCGGUGCUGGCCCUGUGGCUGCCCACAGACUCGGCCACGGUCCUGCGGAAGAUGAACGAGAUCCAGGCCAUCGCAGCCAGGCUCCCCAACGUGGACCUGGUGCUGUCCCAGACCAAGCAGGACAUCGCUCGGGCCCGCAGGCUCCAGGCAGAGGCCGAGCAGGCCAGGAGCCGGGCACACGCCGUGGAGGGCCAGGUGGAGGACGUGGUGGGGAACCUGCGCCAGGGUAGCGUGGCCCUGCAGGAAGCUCAGGACACCAUGCAGGGCACCAGCCGCUCCCUUCGGCUCAUCCAGGACAGGGUCGCUGAGGUCCAGCAGGUGCUGGGGCCAGCGGAAAGGCUGGUGUUGGGCUUGACGGAGCAGCUGGGAGGCUUCCGAGCACGGAUGGAGGAGCUCCACCUCCACGCCAGCCAGCAGCGGGCCCAGGCGGCCCAGGCUCAGCAGCUCGCGGAGGGCGCCAACCAGCAGGCGCUGGAUGCCCAGAAGGGAUUUGACAUAAUAAAGAGAAAAUAUGCGGAGCUGAAGGAACGGCUGCGUCAGGGCCCAGCUCUGGGGGAGCAGGGCACACGCAUCCUGGAGGUCAAGAUGGAGGCAGAGGAGCUGUUUGGGGAAACCAUGCAGAUGAUGGACAGGAUGAGAGUCAUGAAGUCGGAGCUGCUGAAGGGGAGCCAGGCCAUCAUGCUUCGCUCUGCAGACCUGACGGGGUUGGAGAAGCACGUGGAGCAGAUCCGCGACCACAUCAAUGAGCGGGUGCUCUACUACGCCACCUGCAAGUGA